AUGUCGACGAAGGUCUUGCUCAACAAGUUGGUUUCUCUGGGAUUGGACUAUGCACAAAGGAAAGGAAUCAACACCGUCCUACUCAAUAAGUGGAAGAGGAUGCUAGACACAAUCAAUGCAGUACUAAAUGAUGCAGAGGACAAGCAACUGAGUGGUAACCAUCCAGUGAAGCUGUGGUUGGAUGAUGUUAGGGAUUUGGCCUAUGACAUGGAAGACUUGCUCGAUGAGUUCGCGAUCGAAGCUGCUCAGGCCAAGUCGGAGGCGGAAUCUAGCACAAGUAGAGGUCAGGUGAAAAGGAAGUUCUCGUUCUUUGGCCUAUAUAAAUCCUCUAGAUCGAAUCCAAACCUGUGCUCGCUCGUGUCCCAAAACGAGAUACAGGAGAUCAAUGACAGGUUGGAAGAGAUUGUCACCAGGAAGGCUUUUCUAAGCUUAAAAGAGAAUGUUGUGUACAAAUCUGAUUGCAGCAACAAAAGGAGCCCCAGCACUUCUCUGCCGGAGCCUUGCUUUUUUGGCAGAGAGAAAGAGGAAGCACAGAUGCUCGAACUAUUGACCGGUGAAGUCGAAAAUGGCGAUACCAUGCUGAGCAUAGUCCCCAUAGUUGGGAUGGGCAGUACAAUUGCCGGGUUGUCCUGCGAGGGCAAAGAUCUUAACUGGCUUCAAGUUAAGUUGAAGGAUAAUCUGUCCGGGAAGAAGUUUCUUGUGGUUUUAGACGAUGUCUGGAAUGAGAAGUAUGGAGAAUGGACUGACCUGUUAAAGCCAUUCGAAGCGGGGGCUAAGGGAAGCCAGAUCAUCGUCACAACUCGCAACAUUUCUGUUGUUUCCCUAACAAGAGCUUCACCGUAUCCUUUGAAGGAGUUGUCCCUUGAUAAUUGUACAAGCUUAUUAGGCUUUCAUGCUCUUGGAGACACAAAUCUUGAGGGGCACCCACAACUUGAAACAAUAGGGCAAAAAAUAGCUGAAAAAUGUGCAACGUGCGUUACCUCUGGGGAAUCUCAGCUAGUGGGUGAUGAAGGCGAUGCCUCUCUUAAGGAGAAAGCUCGUUAUGCAUCAUUGAUCUUGCCACAUCUUGUUACAUCAAGGUGCUUGAGAGCAUGUGAUGGAAUGAAGAGGUACCGAAUUGUAUUGGUGAGUUAA